AUGGAUCUGAAACGUUUGUCUGGUAAUCCAAGUGUGGGAGAUUCAAUAACUGUGGAGCUGCCUCUCCCUCCACACCCAUCAAAUAGCAGCGACUGGGUUGGGAUUGCUUUAUGUGUUGUUUUUGAUGAUUCUGAAUAUUUUGAUAGUCCCGCAUCCCUUCUUGGAUAUGAGGAUUUAAAAAUUGAAGUUCGAUCAUCUCAGAGAUAUUUGGAUGACCUUCAAGUCUUUCUAAAAGAUAUUUGGAUGAUUUCGUCAGAACACCUUGGUGUUUUUUAUUUGCCUCGCGAUCAUCCAAGCCUCACGGAUGCCUCAACCAGUCAUCGGUUUUCGUUCGUAACGCAUUAUUCUUCAAUUAGAGGUUUGAAAGAGCUCAAAACAAGCUCGAUUAUAAAGGAAUGUAGGGCCCGUUUGGUGUACAAGAGAGAUUUGGAAGAAUUCAGCCGUUUGAUGUACUGUGACGAGGCAGGUCCAAUUGGUCGUAUUGAAAUGUUGCCCAACUGA